AUGGCUUUUGUGCUCUCGGAGAACUUCAAGGCCUUCAUAAACACUUGCUUUCUCCUCCUCCUAUGCUUCUUCCUCACGUCGCACAUUCGCUCUCCCACCACCUUCAUCAACGGCCUCCAAAGUACUCCCAAGGGGAUCAACUGCGUCGGCUUCCACAAGCUCAGGGACCAGCACGCGAAGUGCCUCUUCCUAAAGACCCAGACCCCGUGCGUGUCGCAGGGCUACGUGAACUACCUCCGCAUAUUCUACUGCUUGUGCGGCAGGUACCCGCCGCUCGGUUACACCCUCCUGGCCUCGUGGCUCCUGGUGCUCUUCUACCUGCUGGGCAACACGGCCUCGCAGUACUUCUGCUCGUCGGUGGAGAGCCUGUCGCGGGUGCUCAACCUGUCGCCCACGAUCGCGGGGGUCACGCUGCUGUCGCUGGGGAACGGCUCGCCCGACGUGUUCGCCAGCAUCGUGUCGUUCCGGUCGGGGUCCGGGGAGGUGGGGCUGAGCAGCGUGCUGGGGGGCGCGUUCUUCGUGUCGUGCGUGGUGGUGGGGAUCAUCAACAUCUGCGGCAGCUCGCUGCCGCACGCCGUGCGCAUCGACCGCUCGAGCUUCGUCCGCGACGUCUGCUUCUUCGUCGUCGUGCUCUCCUCCCUCCUCGCCAUCCUCGUCGUCCGCCGGAUCACCAUCUGGGGCGCCAUGGCCUUCACCUCGCUCUACUUCGUCUACGUCUCCAUCGUCUCCGCCACGCACUUCUGCCGCGAGAAGUACGAGGACCUCGUCGUGCCCAUCAUCAAAGAGCUCGACGAGCCUACGUCGGCAGCGGCGGCAGAAAAAGAAGCAGCGGAAGGUUCCGAAGCCAAAGCAGAUCACGAAGAUUACGAUCAGGAGGGAUCGUCGUCAUCGUCACCGCCAUCGUCGUCGUCGUCGUCGUCGUCAGCGUCGCGGUCGCUGAGAUGGGUGCUCUACGCCAUCGACAUGCCGCUCUACCUGCCGCGGAGGCUGACGAUCCCGGACGUCUCCGAGGAGCGGUGGUCGAGGCCGUACGCCGUGGCGUCGGCGACGCUGGCGCCGAUCUUGAUCGCGACGUUCUGGAACUCGAAGAGAGGGGUGCUGGGCUCGAAGGAGGGCCUGACGAUAUACCUCUACGCGGGCCUUAUUGGGCUCAUACUGGGCCUGUUCGCGCUCCACACCACGAUGAAAAAUAGCCCGCCCAAAAAGGUGCUGUUCCCGUGGCUCGCAGGGGGGUUCCUGAUGAGCGUGCUGUGGACGUACAUCAUCGCGGAGGAGUUGGUGGGGCUGCUGGUCUCGCUCGGGUACAUCUUCGGGAUAAGCCCCUCGAUUUUGGGGUUGACCGUAUUGGCGUGGGGGAACUCGAUCGGGGACCUGAUUGCGAAUGUGGCGAUGGCGAUGAACGGGGGCCAGGAUGGGGCCCAGAUCGCCAUAUCCGGGUGCUACGCGGGGCCCAUAUUCAACACCCUGGCGGGGCUCGGGCUCUCGCUCGUGGUGUCGUCUUGGGCCGUGCACCCGGAGCCGUUCGUGGUCCCGGUGGGCCCGGCCCUGUUCGAGAUACUGGGCUUCAUGAUAGGCGGCCUUUUGUGGGCCCUGGUGAUACUCCCGAGGAAGGACAUGAGGCUGGACCGGGUGUUAGGGAUAGGGUUGCUCGCCAUUUACUUGUGCUUCCUCUCCCUCAGGCUCUCGCAGAGCCUAGGGUUGGUGCAAGUUUGA